GUGCUCCCGCGCCUGGGGCGACAGAGGAACGGGAGCCGGAGUGGAGUCCUAGUUUCCUACCACCCCCACCCCCUGGACCGAUCGAGCCAGCCCUGGCUUCUCCAGGUAUCUCCGGGGGGAGUGAGAAAUGAAGGCGUCGAGGUGAGGGGGUACUGGCACUGGGCGGCUCAGGUGGCCAGAAGCAGUGCCAGUUUUGGUGUGACCUUGGCCCCAGGUGCGGAACUGGGGCGCUACCUCUUUAAAAGCGUCCGGGGCUGAGCCUCUGCCGAACCAUGUGAUUGCUUGAAAGGCCGGGCUAGGAGCGCUGCGGCGGGAGCCCCAGGACGAUGAGCUGCCGCGCGGUGCUCAGAGCCCAGCCCUGCCCGGCGCGGCCCCGGAACUCUGGGCAGCACCGUGUGCUGGGAACUUCGGGCACCGCCUCUGGGACACCCUGCCGGCCAGCAGGCAGGAUGGUGAGCUCCCUGCAUCCUGUUCUGUGGACACAGGGUGGGCAGAGCCGGGCGCGCGGGACCCCUGUGGGACGUGCGUUUGCUGUGAGCUGCCUCACACCUGAUACAAAGCCACUGGUGGAGUGAGUGAUGCUAUUUUAAGUUGCUGAACGGAACCUCUGGAGCUGCUAAGGGGAGGGGACAGUUAGGAAGGGAGGGGUCCGGGUACCCUGGCCUAUCUGGCAGGCACUGCAUGUGCCAAGUGGGGAACGUCUCCUCGGGGCUGCCUGGACCCCCCACCUCCAGGCAGGCCUCCCCACCCCAGGCUUCCUGACUACAGGUGCCUGCUUCGUGCCCCGUGGUGCCUGUCUGCUGAUGUGCCCAGCCUGUGCCCGCCAUGUCGCACUCCAUCUCGGCCUUUCAGGCCGCCUAUAUUGGUAUCGAGGUGCUCAUCGCCCUGGUCUCAGUGCCUGGGAACGUGCUGGUGAUUUGGGCUGUGAAGGUGAACCAGGCACUGCGGGACGCCACCUUCUGCUUCAUCGUGUCACUGGCGGUGGCUGACGUAGCCGUGGGGGCCCUGGUCAUCCCACUGGCCAUCCUUAUCAACAUUGGGCCACAGACCUACUUCUACACCUGCCUCAUGGUGGCCUGCCCUGUCUUGAUCCUCACCCAGAGCUCCAUCCUGGCCCUGCUGGCCAUAGCUGUGGACCGCUACCUCCGCGUCAAGAUCCCACUCCGGUACAAGACGGUGGUGACCCCACGGAGGGCAGCAGUGGCCAUCGCUGGCUGCUGGAUUCUCUCCCUUGUGGUGGGCCUGACACCUAUGUUUGGCUGGAACAAUCUCAGUCAGGUGGAGAUGGCAUGGGCAGCCAAUGGCAGCGCUGGGGAGCCUGUGAUUAAGUGCGAGUUCGAGAAGGUCAUCAGCAUGGAGUACAUGGUCUACUUUAACUUCUUCGUCUGGGUGCUGCCGCCCCUGCUCCUCAUGGUCCUCAUCUACCUGGAGGUCUUCUACUUGAUCCGAAAGCAGCUCAACAAAAAGGUGUCGGCCUCCUCUGGCGACCCCCAGAAGUACUAUGGGAAGGAGUUGAAGAUCGCCAAGUCACUGGCUCUCAUCCUCUUCCUCUUUGCCCUUAGCUGGCUGCCCCUGCACAUCCUGAACUGUAUCACCCUCUUCUGUCCCACCUGCCGCACGCCCACUAUCCUCACCUACAUUGCCAUCUUCCUCACACAUGGUAACUCAGCCAUGAACCCAAUUGUCUAUGCCUUCCGCAUCCAGAAGUUCCGGGUGACCUUCCUGAAGAUUUGGAAUGACCACUUCCGCUGCCAGCCAGAGCCUCCCAGUGAUGAGGAUCCCCCUGAAGAGAAGGUGGAUGACUAGCCUAUGUUGGCUCCCACUAGCCCAUGUCUAACAGCCUCAGCCUAGGGCCCACAUCCCCCCAUCCCUCUGGUCUUGCUGGGCCUUCCACAACUGGACUUUGGCUGUGACAUGGGGAGGAGAUGCCCACAAAGCAGGGGCCGGUCCAUAAGGAGCUAAUGGUCCCCUGCAUCUCGGGGACCAGGAGCAGGCUUGGGGUGGCAGUACCUGGGAAGGAACCACAUGGUAUGAGGCAAGAGGAAAGUGUUUUGAGCCCCCUUUCCUGCCCUACCAUCCCAUGCAUGGUCCAGUGCUUCAGGGUUGGGCAUGUCCUGGGCAGGAAGAAGCUCUGGGGAUGGGUGAGGAUUUUCAGGCUCCCAAAGCCACACAGGGAAUCUGCUGGUCUUAGAUGUUGGUGGCAUAGUCCUGCCUGGGACCCAGCUUCAGGACGGGAGCGAACCCCUCCCAGGAUGGGUGUGAGAAAUGAUGCUGUUCUCUUCCCCCUUUCUCUACUAUUCUCCAGAAGGAGGCCAGGAACAGCUAAAGGGCAGGAUCAAGGAACAUCAUUUGCCAGCCUCAAGGAUUCUGCAUUUUGAUGAUGACAGGGUCAUGGUGCCUGCUGUCCUAACCCUGGGCAGCCCAAGAUUAUCCUUGAGAGAGGCAGAAGGGGUAGUCGGGAAAUCAUUUUCACAUUUGCUUUAUUCUCCACCAGACCCUGGGGAGCAAGGUUCUGUAGCCACCGGCCUCAAGCGUCCGCCAGGGGGCAGCACAGAGCCCCCCCCUUGCCCUGCGUUUCCAAAUAUCCGGAAGGGUAACUUCCUGUGUUCUGGGCCAUCGCGUUCCAUCAGCCCACGGUGACAGGCCUGGACUGUCCGAAGGGACACCGUUGCUGCUGCUUCUGGGGCUGAUGGAGAAGAACGCUUCGGUUCUCGGGUGCAUUCAGCCUUCUUCGGGAUGGGAUGAAGAAAGAAACAUCCGGGAGACUGACUCCUGGGCUGGGUGUGGGGGCCGGGCCAGGCUGGAAGGGACCACCCUCCAGAGGGGUGGAGAAGGCUCUCACGGGCACUUAAUACCCUAAAUUGCCCUGGCAUUUGGCUCACUUUGGGGGGACCUCAGAAACUGGAGUGCAGAUGGAGGCCAGGCCUGAGGCUCUGGGAAAGAUGAAGCCCCAUUGUGGAAGGAGGGGUGGAGACUGUUGGUGUUGAGUUCAUGGUUUCUGAGUGUGAAGACUGGCUCCAGGCUUCUACUUUUGUUGGAGGUGGGGUAUCCCUGGCUUCCAGUGGAGGCCCAUGUGACAAAUAAAAGACCCUGAACCCUGA